AUGUCAAGGAUCAAUAUGAGGCCUCAAACGGAUCAAGCUAUUCACUGCAACAUCAAAAUUGGUGGGCAUACACUGUUUCUGAGUCCAAAUUUGAGGAAUCCUCUGCCCUGCAUGGCCUUAUACACCCGACGCCUUUUGACUACUCUGGCCCCCACACGUUCUUCCCCUUCCAACCAGAUCAAAACCUUGCUCUCAAACGGUCUUUAUCAUCAGACUCUUCAGCUUUUCACUGAACUCCAUCUCUCUGGCCAAUAUUCCAUUUCCUUUGUCCUUCCAUCAGUCAUCAAGGCAAGCUCCUCGGCCCAAUGUCAUGCUUUUGGCACACAGCUUCAUUGCAUAGCUCUUAAGACAGGCUCCCACUCUGAAUCAGUUGUGUCCAAUUCUAUCAUCACCAUGUAUGCUAAGUUUUCGGAUGUCGAAUCAGCACGGAAAGUGUUUGACACAACGCUUCACAGAGACCCCAUCACCUGGAACUCCAUGAUCAACGGUUAUCUGCAAAAUGGGUAUUUGGAAGAAGCAUUGGAAACGUUGAAAGAUGUGUACUUACUUGGUCUUGUUCCCAAGCCUGAGUUGCUAGCUAGCGUGGUAUCCAAGUGUGGGAGGAAAAUGGGAUCAAGGAUAGGAAGACAGAUUCAUGCUCUUGUUGUUGUUGAUCAUAGGAUAGGACAGUCAGUGUUUCUGUCAACAGCUCUUGUGGAUUUUUAUUUUAGGUGUGAUGAUUCUUUGAUGGCUUUGCGUGUGUUUGAUGAGUUGGAGGUGAAAAAUGAGGUUUCAUGGACUGCCAUGAUAUCUGGAUGCAUUGCUAAUCAAGAUUAUGACGAGGCUUUUGCAUGCUUUCGAGCAAUGCAGGCUGAAGGAGUUUGCCCAAAUAGAGUGACAUCAAUUGCUCUGUUACCUGCUUGUACAGAGCCAGGUUCUGUUAAGUAUGGGAAGGAGAUUCACAGUUAUGCAUUCCGUCAUGGAUUUGAGUCAUGUCCUAGUUUUUCAUCAGCUCUUAUAAAUAUGUAUGGUCAACAUGGAGAAUCAAUGCAGCUUGCCGAAUUAAUAUUUGAAGGGUCUAGGUUUAGAGAUGUUGUGUUAUGGAGUUCGAUUAUUGGGAGCUAUUCUCGAAGAGGGGAUAGCAAUAAAACAUUUAAGCUUUUUAAUAAAAUGAGAACUGCGGAAACUGAACCAAACUACGUAACUUUGUUGGCAGUGAUUUCUGCCUGCACAAAUUUAUCUUCACUGAAGCAGGGUUGUGGACUCCAUGGUUAUAUCUUUAAAUCCGGAUUUAGUUUUAGCAUCUCUGUGGGCAAUGCACUUAUAAACAUGUAUGCCAAAUGUGGUUGUUUGGAUGGUUCUAGUAAGAUAUUCCUAGAAAUGACAAACAAAGAUUCUGUUACGUGGAGUAGUUUGAUCAAUGCCUAUGGCCUCCAUGGAUGUGGUGAACAAGCUUUACAACUUUUCUAUGAAAUGAAUGAGAGAAGGGUGAAAUCUGAUGCAAUCACCUUCCUUGCAGUUUUAUCUGCUUGUAAUCAUGCUGGCCUGGUAUCUGAGGGGCAAAGGAUAUUUAAACAAGUAAAUGUAGAUUAUAAAAUUCCAUUAACUAUAGAGCAUUAUGCAUGCCUAGUCGAUCUUCUUGGAAGGUCAGGCAAGCUUGAAGAUGCUUUGGAAAUACUUAGAACAAUGCCUAUGAAACCAAGUGCUAGAAUAUGGAGCUCUCUCGUAUCGGCUUGUAAGCUUCACGGAAGACUGGACAUAGCAGAAAUGCUAGCCCCACAGCUUAUAAGAUCAGAACCAAAUAACGCUGGCAACUACACGUUGCUGAAUAUGAUCUAUGGCGAACAUGGUCAUUGGCUUGAUACUGAACAAGUGAGGGAAGAAAUGACACGAAAAAGGUUAAAGAAAUGUUAUGGGUUCAGCCGCAUUGAGGCGGGAGAUGAGAAUUUCUAGUGAAGCAUAAUGUAGCCAUCUUUAUACAAGAGUGGAAAAAAUAUUCACAUGUUUACCAAUAACAAUAUAUUAUGCACUGGAUUCUCUACAAAAAUUUACUCACAGCACUCCGAGAUAUUUACCUACCAGGUACAGAAAGAGUUGACUCCUGCUCAAACAAAUAGUACAACAACAACAACAACAACCAAGCCUUUAUCCCACUAGGUGGGGUCGGCUAU